AUGGAACCUCCUACUCCCAUAUCAUUUAGAUUUAACGACCUUCCAACUGAGCUUGCCCUCAUCAUCUUCAAGCAUGCGGCACAACCACCUUUUGUUCAACAUGCCCCCUACACCCGAGAUCUAUACUCAUCUGCCCUUUCACUAUGCCGGGUCUCCAAAAUUGUCAGGUGCGCUGUGCUGCCUGAACUUCUGCACACAGUGUUAUUGUCAACAGCUCGCCAACUACUCGCUUUCAUAUGGGCUCUGCAUAUGCAGAAAAAAUACAUCGACCAACAACAUGAUCUAGCUUUUGAUUACGCAUCUUGCGUGGACAUGAUG